AUGGCUAUAUUUGGAUUGUUCAAAUCGGGGAACGUCGAUAUCCAAACAUUUGAAAAAGAUUUGAAUCAAUAUAAUUUAUCAAUAAAUAAGUUCCAACAGCAAAUCAUCAAAUUGAGGAAAGCAAAGACCUCAAUUACAAAGUCCCUUCUUACUUAUUCGGCUUCAAUAUAUGUUAUAAUUUUAGGUUAUACAAUUAUUCAGCUACCCAACAAUAAUGUUGGGAUGAAUCAGUUGAAAUUCUUCUUCGUGAAUCAACUGAGAUUGACCUUAUAUUACAUAUUUGGUAUUCCCGUAGCAAUUUAUUUGAUAAUCAUUAGUAUAAGAUAUAUUUUGAAUUGGUUGAUUCAAAGCAGAGAGAAUAUUAUCAAAGGAUUGAAGAAGAAACAGAAACAAAAGGUUGAAGAGUUGAAGAAACUCACCAAUUAUAAUACUACCAAUGAAUUAUUGAGCAAGUAUGAUGAAACUAAACCAAAAUCAGUACCUAAGACCACAGAACCAAAAUCGAAAAAGGCUCCGCCAAUGAAGAAUCAACCUCCUCAAUCCAAACCUUUACCUAAAACUGUCAAUGUUCCUGCUAAUCAACCCCCACCAAUAAAGUCUGCUCCAACACCACCACCUUUACCAACACCUCCAGGACCAAAAUCUUUCCAAGAUAGGUUAUUAGACAUGAUUAUUGGGGCUGAUGAUUCCGAUAAAUAUGCUUUGAUAUGUAAAAAGUGUUUCAACCAUUGUGGAUUAUCACCUCCGAACGAACCAUUUGUGAAAUUUAUUUGCCCAUAUUGUAAGUUUAUGAAUGGAGAUGAUGGUAAAGAUAUCAUUAAGACGGAAAAAGAGCAAAUUGUUGAUUUGAGUCCAAAGAUUGAACCAGAGUCUGCUGAAUCUGUAGUUGAGCCCGAAACAGCUGAAUCAACAAGUGAACCUGAACCUACUGAAUCAGCAAUUGAACCAGAAACCACCGAAUCUGAUUCAGACAUUGUCAAAGAAAAUUUAAAGCCUAUUCAAAAAACACCAGAGUUACAAGAGAACUCAGAGAAAUGA